GGUGGAUUCUGGUAUUCUAGCAUAGACUACAUUAUUAUAAUGUCAGAAAAGUAACUGUCAGGCAGGUCAAUCAACUUUGUGAACAUCAUAAAGUUUUUUGAACUUUAAUUGUGAAGAAUAUAAUUUUGAUUUUUAUUUGUGUUAUUAGUAGUAGUAGUUUAAAAGUUAUAAUUAUAAUUAGAAAACCAUAAAUAGAUUGGAGUGAAAAUUGAGGGCUAAUUUUUUGAACACUUGUCUUUGAGUAAGAUGCCUUUCUUCAGCGGAAAAUGUCUGAGUACAGCCAGACUGGUUGGCAAGACUGCUAUAAUAACUGGCUGCAACACAGGUAUAGGGAAGGAAACUGUCCUGGAUUUUUAUAAGAGAGGUGCCAAAGUAAUAAUGGCGUGUCGCAGCAUGGACAAGGCGGAAAAGGCGAAAUCUGACAUUGAGGAGCGUUGCAAGGAUUUAAAAGAUACUGGCAACAUUGUGCUAGCUAAAUGCGACCUCGCCUCUUUGAAAUCAGUAAGAGAAUUUGCAGAGAAUAUCUUAAACACAGAACCACAGAUUAAUAUUCUCGUCAAUAAUGCUGGUGUUAUGAUGUGUCCCAAAACUGAAACUGAAGAUGGCUUUGAGAUGCAAUUUGGGACAAAUCAUUUGGCACAUUUCUUGCUCACUAUGCUCUUACUGCCUCGCAUCAGGAACAGUAAGCCAGCUAGGAUUGUUACUGUAUCUUCUAGAGCUCAUAUAAGAUAUGGCAUCAACUUUGAUGACUUGAACUACAAGAACCGCCGCUACAACGCGGCAGAAGCGUACUCGCAGAGUAAGCUCGCUAAUGUUAUGUUCUCUCGCGAAUUAGCAGCUAAACUUAAGGAGCAUAACAUAGAAGGUGUGAACACAUACAGCCUACAUCCAGGCGUUAUCCAGACGGAACUGGGCCGUCACCUCAACGAGACGAUGUUCUGGGGCGCGCGUAAGAUCAUCGGCUUCAUGUUGUACCCAUUCAUGAAGUCAGUGGAGCUUGGCGCGCAGACCACCAUCUACUGCGCCGUAGACGAGAAGUGUGCUAACGAGACCGGCUUGUAUUACGCAGAUUGUGUGCAAACAAAUGCGUCGCCGAAAGCUCAAAAAGACGAAAACUGCAAGAAGCUAUGGGACAUGUCAGUCGAACUGGUGAAGCUAGGAGACUACAAUCCUUUCACAGCACCCGAUCCCGGUGUAAAGAACAAUUAAACCUUCUAGAACAUUCUAUAUCUUCAUGGGGGCUGCGUGACGGCAAUUAUUAAAGUGAUUGGUGGAAUGUUGCUAUAAGUAUUAUAUAGCUUC